GUUUACACUGUAUUAUGUUUUUUAAUUGUGGCCUUUAAAAUUGCAAUUCUCGCUCGUCUUGCUUUUCUUAGGAACCUUUUAAAUGGUGUUUCAAGCUGCCUGUAUACACUUUAGUUUUACAUUAUAUUUCUCUGUCUUGUCUUUAUUCGUGGUCGGUAUUUCUGCAUUAAACUCGUGUUCAAAUAGACCGUUUUGCUGUCUGGAACUCGGUUGGUUUAUUUGCUGGUUUUUAGUUCAUGUUUAAGACAGUGUUGUGCGCAUGUGCAGAACCGAUCUUCUUCCUUGCUUGCUGCAUGUUAUAGAGUUGAGACAUGGUUUAACCAGUAACAUGGCUCCUGUUUGCAGUGUAGUGAAAAUUGAAACGUUACUUGUAUGAAGUUUUAAACGCAUUUUGUUUUAUUAAAGUGAUUUACAAGUACGAGGUAAAGAGCGAGCUGUUAAUUUUGGCGUAGAACAAGUAAGUUUGCAUUUUCCAAUCGUACAGUAUUUUAAGUUUCCUUGGGUAUUUAUUGUAAAAGCCUGAGAACACAGCGGAGUGUGUGAAGAAGUGAAAUUAAUUUAAGGCACACGUGGGCAGGGACUGCUGCCAGCCACGAUGGACCCUUUAGGGAACAGUCUGUCAGACAUGCCUGCUUAUGAAAACACAGAGGAUGAGCAGUUUCCACCUCUCUCGCCCCCCCUCUCCCCCAGGGACGGGGACCCCUUUGCAACUGAUGACGAUCCUGGAGAGGUGUCAAAGCUUGAUGAAGCUCCAGUAGCCAAAAGGAGGUCUGUGAAGAGACCACAGCCAAAACUGGAUUCACAAAGGUUGAUUUCUGAAAGGGGACUUCCAGCACUCCGAACCAUGUUCAACAAUGUAAGAUUCAAAGGCAAAGGACAUGAGGCUGAAGACCUGAAAGUCGUCAUGCAGCACAUGGAGCACUGGGCUCACAGACUGUACCCUAAACUACAGUUUGAGGACUUCAUCGAUAAGCUGGAGGUUUUAGGAAAUAAAAAAGAAGUUCAGACUUGCCUCAAACGAAUAAGACUGGAUAUGCCACUUACACAUGAAGACUUCAUGACUAAAGAUGAUGCAGUUGAGGACGAGGAGCUUAAUAGGUCAGCCCAUCUGUUUGAAGACUCUGAGCCCUUUUUCAGUGAAGGUCAGAGCGUGCCAGUGGUCCAGUCAACUCCCAGUGCCAGCAGCACCCUGACAGAGGAGCAGAGGCAGCGAAUCGAGCGCAACAAGCAGCUGGCCUUGGAGAGACGCCUGGCCAAACUGCAGCAGGACAACAGCCAGUCGCGGAUCAGUAAUGGUGUUUCAGCUCAGCCUCCUGUUACACAGAGCACUCCUGCCAAACCCACAGAUUCAGACGAGCUGGAUAGUGAAUUGGAACUGGAGUCUCUUGACUUGGACACUGUGGUGGUGAAACACACUAACUCCACCUGUGAACAAGGCUGGGAGCUGAAGGAAGGUGAUGCCCCGGUCUGUGCAGAUUCUCUGAAGGAAGGAGCCGCCCUGGUAUGUGCAGAUUCUCUGAAGGAUGGUGAUGCCCCGGUAUGUGCAGAUUCUCUGAAGGAUGGUGAUGCCCCGGUAUGUGCAGAUUCUGUGAAAGAAGGUGAUGCCCCGGUAUGUGCAGAUUCUCUGAAGGAAGGUGAUGCCCCGGUAUGUGCAGAUUCUCUGAAGGAAGGUGAUGCCCCGGUAUGUGCAGAUUCUCUGAAGGAAGGUGAUGCCCCGGUAUGUGCAGAUUCUCUGAAGGAGUCUGCAAGCACUGAGGAGGUUUCUGCCUCUGUACCAGAAGACCAGCAGAAAGUAAACGGUAUAGAGCAAGACACUGAUUGAUCUUACUGUGUGUGGUGUAAAGUGAAAUGGACAUCUUGACAGCAAAGUUGCAAAGAAUUGUAUUGGGCUGCUUUGGGGCAGGUAUUGCAGUUAUAACAAUAUAUUGUUUCCAGGGAUUAAACAAGACUUUUUUUUUUUUUUUUUUUUUUUUUUUAACCCAGUUCUGGAGCAUCUCUAGUAUUAAUAUUUUUCUCUGAUAGUUAAGUUGUAGAAAGUGUUGUUUUAUGACUGCCAAUUCAUUAUCAACCUUAAUGUUUUUUAUAACAGAGCAACUGUAUCUUCUGGAUUUAAGUGGGUGGCAAUGCAAUAGAGAAAGUUAGUUAGUAAAUGUUUGUGUUGUAUGUUAAUUGUACUGUAUGAAGUCAUUAAGACAGUAUAUUACAUGUUUAUUAAAGAAUUGUACUUUAA